UCUGAUCCGCGUGUGGCGCCGAGAGGCUCGGCUCGGCAACGGAGCAGCUCGGACGGGCUCACCCUCGCCAUUGUCUGUGUGCGCGGCGGUCCCUCCUGCGAGUGGCGGGUGGCGCAGCGGCUGACCGCGAUGCUGAAGGGCUCCGCGCCCCCUCAGAGGCGGCAGCGGGAACGGGCUCCAGCCCCGGGGAGCAGCCACCCCGCCUGCUGAAGACUGAAACUUUGCGUCCCCGCGGCUUCCUCUCCUCCCCCUUCCUCUCGCCGGCCCGGCUCGCCCUUCUCCAUGUGCUGAGCGGCCGGGGGGGCCCAUGGACGCCUUCAGCGCCGCCAAAGCCAAAAUGGGGGCGAAGAGCGGCGGCGAGGCGACGGCAGCGGGGCUGGCCGCGCCUCAGCCCGCCGCCCCGGCCCCCAGCCCCGCCGAUCCCGGCUCGCCUGCCGCGCCCGAGCCCGCCGCCUACAAGCUGGAGGACCUGGAGACCCUAGCCACCGUGGGCACAGGUACCUUUGGACGUGUUCAUCUAGUGAAGGAAAAAAUGGCCAAACGUUACUUUGCACUGAAAGUAAUGAGCAUUCCUGAUGUCAUUCGACUGAAGCAAGAGCAACAUGUGCACAAUGAAAAGUCAGUCCUGAAAGAAGUCAACCACCCCUUUUUGAUCAGAUUAUUUUGGACCAACCACGAUGAACGUUUUCUAUAUAUGUUAAUGGAAUAUGUGCCAGGAGGAGAACUGUUUAGUUACCUGCGCAACAUGGGGCGUUUCAACAACAGCACAGGACUGUUUUAUUCUGCAGAAAUUAUUUGUGCAAUAGAAUACCUGCACUCCAAAGAAAUAGUUUACAGAGACUUAAAACCUGAAAAUAUAUUACUAGACAAAGAAGGACAUAUCAAGCUUACUGAUUUUGGAUUUGCUAAAAAACUGGUGGAUAGGACAUGGACACUCUGUGGUACUCCAGAGUACCUUGCACCAGAAGUUAUACAAAGCAAAGGCCAUGGAAGAGCUGUGGAUUGGUGGGCCCUAGGAAUUCUUGUAUUUGAGAUGCUGUCAGGGUUUCCUCCAUUUUUUGAUGACAAUCCGUUUGGUAUAUAUCAGAAGAUUCUUGCUGGCAAAAUAGAUUUCCCGAGGCAUUUGGAUUUAUAUGUAAAAGACCUUAUUAAGAAGCUGCUUGUAGUUGACAGGACAAGACGAUUAGGAAAUAUGAAGAAUGGAGCAGAUGAUGUGAAGAGACAUCGAUGGUUCAGGUCUAUAGAUUGGGAUGCUGUACCUCAAAGGAGACUAAAGCCUCCCAUAGUACCGAAAGUAUCCAAUGAUGGGGAUACUUCCAAUUUUGAAGCUUACCCUGAAGAUGACUGGAACAAGACGCCUCCGGUACCCCCUAAAGAUCUAGAAAUUUUCAAGAACUUCUGAAUGUGAUAUCUACUCUGGAUGAGAAACUGGAAGGAAGUUGAAGUGCUAACAGCAAGUCUGAAGAAAAAUGGAGUACAUAUGUAAAUGAAGAAUUUCUUUGUGGAUGAGAAUGAUACUGCAUUCAUAUAUGCAUACUAGUGUAUAGUAAAUACCUAAAGAGUUGGAGGCAGGCAAGAAUAAUUUUUUGCUGUAAACAUCUGACAUAGGUAAAUUGUAAUAUUGAUAGUCUACUCUGAAGUAGACUCAGUAAAAUGUUAUAUUUUAGGAUUAGGGUUUUUUUUAAUUUAUGGUUUAAUUAAGUUUCCUGCUAUUCCCAGAUCCUUUUUGCAUAGUUAACUCAUAGACUUAAUUUUAUAAGUUUGUAUUAAACUUGUGUAAUUAAAAGCACAAAUUAGUAUAUAUGUAUAUAAUGAAUACAGUACAACUAAAGCACAGGAACUGUGCAAAGAUGUAAAUUUUUGUACUUUGCAGAGUCUAUGAUUUUUAUUUUUCAAAUAAUGUUUUUCAAGAAGUUCUCUAGGAAUAAAAAUCUUAAAAGGAGAAAUGAGUUUUUCAUCAUCUUAUAUACAUUUUAUAAUUCUUUGUAAAAAAUAAUUACGUUUUAAAAAAUAUUUGUACCUAAAAUUUCCAAUGCCUCACAAUUGCAACCAUAGUACUUGAAAGCAGAACGACAAGGGCAUGUUUUAUUGCGGUUUAAGAUGCAUCUUAGUGUCUGAUUUAUAAAGUUCUGUUACAGUGAUGUCUCUUUACAAACCAGGAUAUUGAGUGAUUAUAUAUUGUCUGAAAUGAGAUUCCUCACAUGAAGACUCUCUGUAAACAUGCAAUUCAGUUGCAUACUGAUAAAAGGGCUCUAACUGGCUCUUAUCAGAGUUGUUGUCUCUCAAGCUUGCUGUCUUCUCCAAAUGUAAAGUAUGAGCCAUAACAGACUUUUUCCAUUAUUGAAAUAGAUGUUGUUGAGUGCUUGGCACUUCAGAAUAUCAGAGGGAAGACUGAAAAUAUUAGAGCCUGAUUCUUCUUCUCCUGCUUUUGGAAAUGUCCUAAAAUCUCUGCUGCCAGGAAUUCCAUAUGUACAGAGUUCAAAUGUUAGAUGUAAGGAGUCUUCUAUUUUCACCCUUUACUAACAUCCUUCUAGCAGCUUGAGUACACUAUAUUUAGGAAGUAUUUGCAAUACUGCUUCAUUUUAAGUAGCACCAAAUAUCAGUAUGUGCAUAUAUAUGUACCUAUGUAUAUGAAUACAUAUAAAUAUGAAGGUAGAUUGUGUAAAAGUCAGGAUCUUUUUUAAGGGUUUUUUUUUACGUUACAUAUUGUGAUACUUGUGUUAAUAUAGGAGAAUUGGUUUUGAAGUGCUUCAAUUUCAAAAGGUAAUGACAUUCUCUCAGAUGUGGGUUUUGAUAACUUUUAGUGAAAUUAUGAUAUUUAAACCUUCUUUUUUUUUCCAAAGCCUAUCAGCUCACUGAAGUUCCACUACUAUGAUAGCUCUACAGAAAACUGUGUAAGUAGACCAUACAGACAGUUUCUCCUACAAAGUGCUCUCCACAUUUCUGAUCUGAAAUGCUACAAGAAAUGUAGGCCAAAAAUUAAUUUUUCUGAACUAAAUCCCAAAUGCUUAUGAAGUGGACAUUCUAUUAAUCUCUAAUGAAAUUACCAUGUUUAUAAUAUUAUGACAGAUCUGCAUCUGGAAUGCAGAAUAAUGACUUCCAUUUUCUUCUGUGUAGCUCUAAAGAGUACAGAAGUGCUGUUGAGAUCUUGCAAUUCCUAGGGUACUAGAUCUGUUUCUUCAUAAAGGAAGUCCUACCUUGAAGAGAUUGCAUAACUCUGCAAAAAUGCACAGUGUGGCAAAAUCAGGAUACUUGAAAGUGGUAAUUCUGGAACAUCACAAAGUCAUCUUGAUGUUAUGCAAGUGCCACAAAUUAAUGACCCCAGCUGCCACUCAGUAAAAUCUGUGUAGGAAUGUAUAAUGAAAUACAGGAAAAUCCAUAGAAAAUGAUUGUUUUAACCAGGUGAAAAUACCUUACUCUCUUGAAAAGAAAAAUUAAUUUGAUCUACUGUUUUCGUAUCUGUGGAAUUAGUUAUUCCAUAUCAAUCAGAAAAACUGAAGCACAUAAAACAUAACUUACUUUGUCUAAUGGGAGCAAGCACAUUUCAGCUCUUUUUUUAUGUGUGAGCUUAAACUAUUUUAUGGAUUCUGAGUACUACAAAACCAGUUUCUUAUUUAAAAUGUACAUACUGCAACAAGCAAGUGUGCUAAAUAUUUUUUUUCCCAAGUUUAAAAACCGUGGUGUGUUUAAUGAAGUUGCAUUUAACUUAUGCGCUACAUGAGUGGUUAGAAGUUUUGAAUGCUUGAACAACAGGAGAUAGUGGAUUUUUUUCAUGAAUCUUGUCCAUUGCUGGCAGUGGAUGCACUGACACUCAGUAUGACAGAGACUAAAAGAACGAAUACAAUCUUAUUAAUAAUGCUAAUCCAUUGACUUUACAUUGUUUCCAGAGCCAUGCGUACCUAUGCCUAACUACUGACCUCGUCAACAUGCUUUCUAGUACAAAACUACUUUCAAUUUUAUUUGUCCUUACCUAAAAAAAAUAACCAACCCAAAACAUUCUUGAAGCAUUAUUUUGAGUGAUCAGUUAUUUUCUCUAAAUUCUUAAACUUAAAUGAGUUAUUGUUACCUGCCCAUUUUAUUUAUUUGCACAAGUGAGUCUGUUUUAUUUUAAGUUUUUGCUGGGACUUCAUGGCCCACUAGCGUAGUUCUGUCUGAGCACUCACACAGAAGUCCCCAGAUGGACACUGCACUAAGGUCUCUGGAUAUAUGGUUUGGUUUGUUGUUUGUUUAUUUGUUUGUUUGUUUUAACAGACUAGAACACUUUUUCAUUUUCUGUUCAAAUAUGGUAUUCUCUGAAGUUCAUUUUAUUCUGGUUGCAUCUGUUAAUGUGUUUUUGCAUAUAGACUGUUGCAUAAGGACUGUUUUCUUGCAAGAGCCCAUAGGCCUUUGGUAUUCUGCUUUGGUGAACAAGAAUGUUAAACAUUAAAAAACAACCUUUAUUUUUGAGUUUUUUAUAUAUAUAUAUAUAUAUUUAAUUACCCAAUUUGAGGUUUUAAGUGAUAAACAUGCAUUAUAAAUCUAAUUGCCUUGUAACCAAAUGAUAUAAAUGCUUCAUGAUUUCAAUGGAGAAUAUGCUAUAGAUUUUUCUGUAAAUUAGCUUGAUCAAUGAAUACCUGUGCUACUGAGCUUUAACUAAUGUGAUCUUCCACUGUAGAAAGUCACUGUUAAUGGAUCAAAUAUAGGUACUAAACUAUGUUUAAAUGGAUGAACAGGGAUUUUGCAGUUUUGAAAGCAAUUAAGAUAUGGCUGUUCCGCAGCCCAUCUGCUUGCCAUUCAGAAGAGUUGUGAUGCAGUGCUUCCUUUGCUAUAGAAUUAUUUUUCAGCUUUCAAUGACUGUAGCAUGAUUCCUUUUGUACUGUACUGUGUACAGACUUCCUGUGUUUUGCACUUUUCUAUGGCAAACCUUGACUGCUUUAUAAAUACUAUGUUGCGUAGUAAGUAGUGAUAGUGGUAGCAGGCAUCUGUGUACCGCAUAAUCAGUUUGAACUGCUAGACUUGCAAGGUUAACUUGGACUAACGUUGUAUGUUGCUGGUUGCUUGUAGCUCACAUUUAUAAGUACUGUUCAAAGUUAGAAAGUCAGCCCUCAUUGCACAAUGAAAAUCACUGUGAUCUGUACAUAAACCCUAGUAAAAUUUUAUUGCUGUUUAAUUUAUGUAAUAUCUGUCAAAUCUGGAUUCAUUUAAUAAACCUUUAUAUCUUUUUAAAUGUUUAAA